AUGUUCUCCGGUGUGAUGCUCCCAAAGCCUCUCAGCAAAAUAUUACCACAGCAGCUCGGAGCAGCAUUGAAAUUCCGCUGCGACACAGACGCCGCGAUCGAUUUUGCGGGACGUUGUGUACCAGAUGUGCCCAUUGUGAUUGCACUGUUCAUGAAAUUGGCUCUCCCGUUACCAAGCUUCUCACACAGAUACUGUGACAAUGAGGAGAACGGCCUGGAUUUGUUCGCCGAGCCGACAGAUUAUUACAAGCCCGAAAAGCAACCAACACAGGUGCAGCAUCAGACUCUGAGCCAUCAGACGCUCACAUUGCACCUGGUGGGCAGUUCUCCAUUGUGGGGUCACUUGCUAUGGAAUGCCGGCCGUACUAUAGCCGACUACCUUGAGCAAAACAAGGCAACGCUGCUCAAGGACAAGACUGUGCUCGAACUGGGGGCUGGCGCCGGUCUGCCAAGUUUGAUCGCGGCCUUGAAUGGGGCAGCACAUGUGGUCGUCACAGACUACCCGGAUCAUGACUUAGUUGCGAAUCUACAAAAGAACAUUGACUCGUGUGAUGUACUGCCCAGCCCGAGGAACAUCUCCGCAGCUGGCUUCCUCUGGGGCGCGGACGUAUCCUCGUUGGUGGAACAGCUGCCAUCGAAGGGACCGGCUCACGGCUUUGACCUGCUGAUCCUAGCCGACUUGCUGUUCAAUCACUCCGAGCAUCACAAGCUGGUGAGGAGCGUUCAGGACGCUCUGACUCGGAGUCCAUCGGCACAAGCGCUAGUGUUUUUCACGCCAUAUCGGCCAUGGUUGUUCCAGAAGGACCUCGCAUUCUUUGAUUUGGCACGGGAGGGCGGAUUUGUCGUAGAAAAGAUUCUCGAAAAGACCAUGGAGAAAGUCAUGUUUGAGGAGGAUCCGGGGGACGAAUUGCUUCGAAGAACGGUAUUUGGGUACAGCUUGCGGUGGGCCUCAUGACGUCGCUUCCAUUUGUUUUACAAAUUUUCUAUCCGUUAUUUUUGCUGGAGCAGUAUACACAAAGGAAAAACAUGACCAUGUGCCGAUGCCUCUAAAUUUUCGCUUGGAAAGGUUGUCUACUCGGCGUCAGCGAACUCUGCACGGCCGGCCUUUGAGUUGAGGUAGUGGUUUCUGUGAAUAUAUUAGCCAUGUGCCUACUCUCCUACUGAUGCGAGAAACUUUGGCCCCGAGGUCGUCUAUUUCAUGAUCGCUCCAUCUCUUGAUACCGCAAAGCUACUUACCGCUCUGUCGCCCACUCCAUCAGCUCGUAUCCGACCAGCAGAGGAAUCGACCAGUAAAGAAUUUGGUUGCGAGUGCGGCGGAAGGUGUUGAAGACGGCGGCGCGGGAGGUACCAGCGAGCGGGUUCUGUCGGUUCUGAGCAAGACCGUAGUGGACA